CUUCGGGUCGGCGUCGGCUUCUCGCAGAAACUGAUCGAUCGUAAGCGCGUACCGCGGCACGGCCAUUGUGUAAAAAGGACCCAUGACGCUCGGAUAGUGCACGCUGAGGAGUGGACGCGUAGUUCUCCCCUUCGUCCUCUUGUGAUAUUUAGACUGUGCCAAUACAUAGAAACGAGGAAACGAAGCCAGAAUUAACCAUGGAGGAUGACCAGCAGUUCUGUCUCAGGUGGAACAACCACCAAAGUACGCUCAUACAAAACUUCGACACACUCCUCGAAAGCGGGACGCUGGUCGACUGUACCCUGGCGGCGGAGGGGAAGACUCUCAAGGCCCACAAAGUAGUCCUCUCCGCUUGCAGCCCAUAUUUUGAGUGCCUCCUCAGCGAACACUACGACAAGCAUCCAGUCUUCAUACUCAAAGAUGUUAAAUUCAAAGAACUUAAGGCAAUGAUGGAUUAUAUGUACAGAGGGGAAGUAAAUAUUUCCCAAGACCAAUUGGCAGCACUCCUCAAAGCCGCUGAGUCUCUGCAAAUUAAGGGCCUUUCGGAAAGUAAAACUGCUGGCAGUAGUAAGACGGAGUCCAGGCCACAGAAAACCGUCUCACAACCAACAGCACCAUCGUUAGACAUUCCACACGCGUCUUCCGGUCUGACGAUAGAAAAGAACAAAGUUCCUAGGCAGAGUUUGGCGCCAAGUUCCGUAGGGGAUAUACCAGAGGAUUCGGCUAGUCCUCAGGUGUCAAAGGGUCUCUCCUCAAGGGAAGGUUCGCAAAGUCCAACAUCAAGAAAAAGAAAAAGGCCUCGAAGAAGAAGUUUAACGGAAGAGACGAUAGAAAACCAGGAUGCAUCGAAUUCCAGCGAUAUGCCUCAGCAAAUGGGUGUACCGGCGCUUGGUAUCGCGCCAGUGGCAGACGAGAAAGUACACGCAGAUCCCACAGAUUCUCUCGGCAGGUCAGCUUUAAUGACGCAGUUGACGAAACCUGCCGACGAGAUGUUACAGCUGCCACUCGAAAAACCCGAGCCAAACGAUAAUCUCAUCGAGCCAAAGUCUGAAUACCUAGAUGAUGCUGAGGAGGGCGUCGAAGAUCUGACGCUGGAUGAAGAUAUGAACGAUCUUAAUGAUAUGGAACAGGACAACAAUCGGGCUGGACCGUCCCAUGACCCCGCCCAACACCCCGCAGGUCUUGGCUCAUGGCACGUUACCGGUGAUCGAAGUAAUGCGGGGGGUGUUGUGGGCUCUGUAGUGGCAGGAGCUCCCGGGACGACAGAUGAGGUUUUUCUACAAGCUCAGGAGGCCGCACAGGCUCAUCGGGACUCACAAGAUGCGCCCCUCUUUCCGAUCGUGAGGCCGCGGCUGCACGUGUGCCCCCGCUGCGGUCAGAUGUACUCGUGGGCGUCGAACCUGCGGAAACAUCUGAAGAUGGGCUGCGGCAUGGUCACCUUCGAGACGCACUUCUCCUGCCAGUACUGCCCUUACAGAUCGAGGAUCGAGGCGAGCUUUCUCAAGCACCUGCUCUCGGUGCACAACAUCAAGUAGAGCGAUGACACCCCCCGUAUAUCUCGCCGACCGACGUCUUCGAUUCUUCCGUAAUCGCGACGUCUCCGCGUGGGAUUCGUCCGAGGCUCUUCUCGCGAUCGAAAUCGACGAGGAAGCCAAUAUCUUCGACGAUUCUUUCGCAGAAAGAAGAGCUUUGCCACGAUCUCCUUGAGAUAAUAACCUUUUAGUCGAAUAAUAUCGGAUAAUCAACGCCCUGCGGAACUGUCCUCCCGUAGCUUCCCACGCUAUGUUCUUAUCUGAUAGGAUGCUCGCGUAUUCGAACGAAAAUUGGUGCGUUGCUUUUCGAGGACGAGGAGCUAAAAACGUCAGUUCGCGUGAUGUGGCCGAAGCAGCGAGUGUGCACCGCGUUUAUGUCCGAUUGCUUUGAAGCUUAUCGGAGCGUCGACUCGAAAACGUAAGACGUCGUAUGUAGUUGUAAUAUGACACGUCAUAUCAAUGAUCUUACAUGGUCUAACAAUUAGUGUCGUACUAUAGACUCUGUGUGAUGUCGUCAUUGACGUUCGAAAUACCGCGAGAGCGAUCUUCGACUGUUUUAGCUUACAUAUAAGUUGUGCUUGCGACGUUCGUCGACUCUCGGGAGAGGGGAUAGGGGGAGAUUUAUUUUAUUUCAGAUAUUAUCUUAGGCCCCAACGUGUGGAAGUGUUAGGGCUUAGCUUCUUUCAUUUGCAGAAAUCGUUCGUCAACGUGAGGAAAGUCACUUUGUAGACGUAAUUACGAUUAAUUGAGUGAACAAAAUCUAGUCUAAAGGCUGUUUUUUUUUCCGUAAGAUUUCAGACGAAUUAGCUCCGAGCUACAGUUCGGAGAUAAAUAUGGAUAUUGCUUUUAUGUGAUUUAAUACAGAGUGGUAGUUCUCUUUAGGUAUUUUGCUUAAUAUUAAGUAAAAUGUGCAAUUAUAAUUACACGCUAAUUGCAGUCUGAUUUUAAUUGACGAAGGUAUACUCGCAUCAAGAGUGAUCAAAAUUUUGUCGAACAACUCCGUUCAUUCGAAUUAAUCGAUUGUAUCUCAGCUUUUGGAAAUCCAAUAAUCUCCAGUUUUAACGAAAGAUUUUCGUUACUUUUACAGAUAGGAAUCUUUCAUAUUCCGAAGACUUUUCUACCUAUGCGCAUUUCUGUCGAAGGGAAACGCCUUCCGUUCACUAUUGGUGCGAUUGAUAUAUCCGAAAUUGUUACUUACAAUUUGUAAUUUCGAUAUCACUGCGUAUGUAUGCGCGCGCGCGCGCGCGCGUGUGUGUGUGUGUGUGUGUGUGUGUGUAUGUGUGCAAGAUGUGGCAGAAAAGUCUGAUUACUACCUAACGAGACACUAAUGGUCACGUAACUCUUAAGUAUAGCCGCCGGAAGAUGUCGGAGGACGGCGAAUCAUCGAAGACUACGUAAUGAUCUUAAAAGUCAAACCUAUAGGAUAAGCGAUAAACUUAAGAAGACGUUGAUGGAGUCAUUUUUUAACGCGAUUAGUAAUACACCCUUGUACCGUCGAUUAUCGUGCAUUAUAGAGACUGCUCGAGUAUAGUGCAAUUUAAUUGUAAAUUACGCUAGCUCCAACUACACUUAGCCAUGUGGCGUAGCGGCGAUUUUAGACGACAGUUAAUUACAUUUAUCGACGUACCGGCAAUUAAGCGUAUGCCGCAGCAGCCAGUAAUUUUAUUUACGACAAUGUAACCGUGAUUAGGGAUAAGCAUGCAUCCGCGGCCUCUUUUACAGUAUACAGUUUACAGAUUUCGAUUAACGUGAACGUUGAUUUUUCUUUUUAGGGCUUUAUAAACGCACGGCCGUCCCUGGUUUUCGUUUACAGACAUGUUUUUACAUCGUGCAACAAUGAAAACGAGAAUGAAAGAUAUUAUGUAGAUCGUAGGUGAAUUAUUAUCAGAACGCUGUAUCGUCCCAUUAAUCACUUAAAUGCAUUAGUCAUUUAUCCAAAUUCGAAACGCUAACUUCGACAUUUCAUAACAUAGGAACGAAAUAAUAUUCCGACGUAAAAAAAUGUCUGAGCCGAUUAAAUGUAAUGAAGCCUACACGGAAGCCUCGUAAACAGAAAAAGGUACAGGUUUACGAAUUUAGGGGAAGUUGCAGGAGAGUUGCAUAUCGUGAAAAAUGAAUGCUAACAAAAUUGGGAUAUCCACCUAAUCGCCCUAGUUAGGGAACUCGUAUAGAUGCUCGUUAAAACAAAUUUAUUAUUACCGCGAAAUUUCUUACUGCGUACGUGAAUGAUUCGGCAGAUAUAUCGACGUUAUAGAGACGAUAACGAUGUGAACCACCUGUCUACGAGACGCACCGCUAAUGUACUUUAUCCAGUCGAUAGAUCAGUAGAUCGAUAGAUCGGUGAAGCCACAUCGGCUGCGCUACGCAGCAAUUAAGUGUUUGUGUAACGAUGUUUCGCAUCCGUUUGCUUUCUAAAUAAAUACCUGUGUACAUAUUCGCA